CAUUUUUAAAAUUUUGUUGGAUUCAUUACAAUUAUUUUGUGAUAUAUACUACUCUAUCGGUAAAAGAUGUUCCGUAACCAAUAUGAUAACGAUGUCACUGUUUGGAGCCCUCAGGGGAGACUUCAUCAACUCGAAUAUGCUAUGGAAGCAGUAAAACAAGGAUCAGCAACCGUUGGACUAAAAUCCCUCAACUAUGCCGUCCUUGUUGCUUUAAAGAGAGCACCAUCGGAAUUAUCGGCUCACCAAAAGAAAAUUAUACCAAUCGACGAUCAUGUUGGUGUUUCGAUAUCUGGACUUACAGCAGAUGCUCGUUUAUUAAGCAAAUACAUGAGAACUGAAUGCCUCCAUUCAAGAUAUACUUAUGGAAAACCGCUACCAAUAUCUCGACUUGUUUCCAUGGUUGGAAGCAAAUCUCAAAUUCCAACCCAAAGAUAUGGUAGAAGACCAUUUGGAGUAGGUUUACUUGUUGCUGGCUACGAUACGCAAGGGGCACACAUUUACCAAACUUGUCCUUCGGCUAACUACUUUGACUGCAAAGCAAUGUCUAUUGGAGCUCGUUCACAAUCAGCCAGAACGUAUUUGGAAAAAAUUUUAGAUACUUUACCAGAUUGCCCGUUAGACGAAUUGAUAAAACACGGACUAAGGGCUCUCAGAGACACUUUACCAAAUGACGUAGAACUCACUACUAAGAACUGUUCAAUGGGAAUAGUAGGAAAAGAUAAAGAGUUCACUGUCUAUGAUGAAGAUGAAAUAGGACGCUAUUUGAAAAUGAUUGAAGGGGAAGAAAGAACUCCGGCACCUCAAGCUGAACAAAUGGAAGAGGACCCGGCACCAGAGAGUGCAGCAGAUGAAUCAGCUGAUCCCACUCCAGCACCACCUCAAAGCGAAGGACGUUAA